AUGGCUAGUAGUUCGGCAUCAAAAAGUACUCCGUGUGAUUCCCGGACAUCCAUCGAGGCCGAGAAUGAUUCCCAAGUAUUUAAAAGAAAGUCGGAUGACAUAGGUUGGAACUAUGGUGUUCUAGCCGAUCCAUAUAACAAAGAUAGAGUGAAAUGCGUGUUAUGUAGUAAAGUUAUGUCGGGUGGUAUACGUAGAUUGAAAGAGCAUAUUGGUCAAAUUUUCGGGAAUGUUGUUUCAUGUAAAAAAGCAACAAAAGAAGAUCAAGCUAAAUGUAGAAAUGCCAUCAAUGAGUCCAAAGCCAAGAAGAUGAAGACAAAAGAAGUUCAAGAAGAGUUGCUAUCUUCGGUUAACAUUAAAGGGUUGAAUGUUGAGUCCUCUCAACAAUGCGAAAAAGCAAAAGAAUCUCACUCUCUUGGCCCAAUGGAUAGAUUUGCUACAACAAUCAACCCGGAAGCAUCAUUGAACGUGGCAAAGACGAUGCGGGAACAAAACAUUAAUGAUGCUAUUUGGAAAGAACGAUCCAACUUGGUGAAAGAUUAUUUCGUCGAUUGGGCUUAUGAAGCGGGCAUAUCAUUCAAUGCAAUUGAGCUUGAUAGCUUUCGGCUCUUUAGUGAAGCGCUCGGUCAAUUUGGGCCGAGGUGGAAGCCUCCUAGUUCGUACGAGAUGAGAGAGCCAUUGUUGAAGAAAGCGGUUGAGAGAACAAAACUCAAGGUGAAGCCUCAUGAAGAUGAAUGGAAGAAGAGUGGUUGCUCGAUUAUGACGGAUGCUUGGAGUGAUAGAAAGAGAAGAAGCAUCAUGAAUUUGUGUGUGAAUUCUAAAAUUGGAACGAUAUUUCUAUCUUCCAAGGAAUCUUCCGAUAUAUCUCACACAAGUGAAAUGAUUUUUGAGUAUAUGGAUCAAUGCAUUGAGCAACUUGGGCCUGAGAAUGUUGUUCAAGUUGUGACGGACAAUGCUUCAAAUAAUAUGGGAGCGGCGAAGUUAUUGCGCAUAAAGAGGCCAACUAUCUUUUGGACUUCAUGUGCCGCACAUACCCUCAAUCUUAUCUUGGAGGGCAUUGCAAAACUACCCCGGUUCACCAAAACCAUUGAACAAGCAAAGGCAUUAACUAUAUUCAUUUAUGCACAUCAUAAGACCUUAUCCAUGAUGAGGUCUUACACUAAAAGGAGGGACAUAGUAAGACCCGGAGUCACACGAUUCGCCUCUUCAUUUCUUAGCUUGCAAAGCUUGAUGGAAAAAAAGGCACAAUUAAGGGCAAUGUUUACUAGCUCCGAAUGGGAUGAGUGCAAAUGGUCCAAGACGGUCAAGGGGAAAGCAAGUUACAACACCGUGAUGUCUAUUAGUUUUUGGAAUGGUGUGACUUCUUUCUUGACUAUUUUUGCUCCUUUGGUUAAGGUGCUUCGCAUUGCGGAUGCCGAUAAGAAGCCGUCGAUGAGAUUUUUGUAUAGGGAGCUUAUGCAUGCCAAAGAGGAUAUAAAAAGUGUCUUGAACAAUCUUGCCAAGAACUAUGAUCUCAUCUUAGAAAUCAUUGACACGAAGAUGAUGGGUAGAUUGGACACCCCGUUGCACUUGAUGGCAUAUCUACUAAAUCCUUAUUAUCAUUAUAAGGACCCGAAUCUCGUAUUAGAUCAAGUUGUUUCGGAUGGAGUUUUUGAUUGUCUUGAUGUCAUUUGUCAUGAUAACUUUGAUUUGAUGGAUAAAAUCAUAAACGUUGAGUUGCCCAUUUAUAAGACAAAAGGAGGAGCCUUUGGGAAGCCAAUUGCCGCAAAAGGUUGUGAAGUAAACGACGAGAAGUUUGAUCCGGUUUAUGUCCAAUUCAAUUCUCGUUUAUUGAACAAGCGCAAAUGGAGGAAAGAAAAGGAUGUGUUACUUGCUAGUGAGGCAAGUAAAGCUCAAGAGUGGAUUAUUCCGGGAUUAGUAGACGAGGAAGAUGAGGACGUUAAUGGACUUGAAGUUGAGGAUGGCACAUCAAGAGUGAGAGAGCUUGAGGAAGAAGAUUUUGAAUCCGAGGAGGAGGAACAAGUUAAUGAGAAUGACAUCGACUUUGAGUCGGAUGAAGAGCGUGUAUUGGAGAAUUAUGGAGAAGAAGAAGAAGAUCCUCUUGUGCUUGGCCAUAUUUCUUAG